AUGCACAAACCAGAUGCUUGGGACGCAGAUGACGGGGCUGGUGAUGUGGACCUGGAUGCUACUAAUGCUGACUUUGAGACACUUGCCGUUUUAAUAGCACCAGUACUACCUAUGCCAGCAAGUAAACCCAAUGUCCUUCAUGUCACGCCCAUAGCCAUUGGCUCACCCCAAGACAAAUCCUGCAAAAGCACCAAAGCAACCAGAGCCAAUAGACCAGGAUAUGGUAGAGGUAUCAUUAGUGCAAGCGGAUAUGUUCAACAUGGCCAAUAA